UGUGAAAUAAUUGGUUAUCCAAACGCAUCGAUCAAUGAUUGCGGUUAUUGUGUCGGCGAUAAUACCGGUCUCGACAGCCAUUACGGCGAGGAUUGUGAAGGAACAUGUUUUGGUGAAGCAGUUAUUGAUUGUGAGGGAGUUUGUGGAGGAAAUGCAUACAUAGACGAGUGCACCGGUCUCUGCAUUACUGCAGAUGAAUCGGUCGCUAAGGAAGUGAACGGGUCAGCCAGUCGUGAUUGUCGGGGGCUCUGUAUUCCUCCGGAACUGUCGCAACCGCAACAACAGGCCUACGAUAGGGACGAAUGCGGUGUCUGUCGGCUUCAAAGUACGGAUAAGAGUGCGUUCAUUGACUGCAACGGCAACUGUCAAGUGUUAGGCUUAGAGAAAGUUUCAAUGGUCUGCGGACAGUGUGUCGAGAAGAAUGCUCAGGUGAUGGACGAGUGCGGCAAUUGUCGCAACGAGAAGCACAUCUGCUCCUGCGAUCGGGAUGCGUCCAUUUGUGGCUGCAAUGACCCAAAUAAUUGCUAUAACGUUAAAGCAGUCAUUCCUCGCGCCGUUCCUAACGGUAUUGACGCUAAGCUAUUGCUUUCGGGAUAUUUUCAUCCCGUUGUCAGAGAUUUGAAUUGUUUGCUGGAAAAUGAGGUGACGGGAGAUAUCUUAUCGUUUCCCGUCUCAUUCAUUCAUAAAAACAAAACAGCACUCGAGUGCACCGUUAAUGUGAAAAAAGUUUAUGAUCCAAAACAGGUUGAGAAACUUUUCGAAGAAAGCGAAAUGUUUCCAAAGAAUAUCACAACAAAGGAUUCAAACGAAACAAUUAAUUUGCAAUUCAGUGAUCCCUCGAACUCGUUGUUCGGAAUCCCAUUCCGAUGUCUCGUGUCAUACAGUAGUGAGAAUUCAGAGCAAUUGACUGAUGAGACAAAUCAAUUGCAUUCGUGUUCAUUAAGUCCAUCGAAACUUCGCUUACAUUCCCAGACAUUGGAAAUAAAUCCCACUUUCGAUGGCAUUAAUCUAUUAUCCAAACCAUUCAAACUGAAUAUAACGGCGCCAUCGCCUCAGAUAUCUCAUCAAAACUGUUACGCGUCUGAAGACGGCUUAGCAGUGAUUGUUAUGUUUGAAACACCCGUUCAUAUAAUAGAGCACUCGUUGCAAAAUGCGUUAAUAAUUUGCGAACAAUUGCUCACAAAUGAAACAAUCGAUUACUUGAAGAAAACCAUAUCUGAGAAUUCAGUUCACAUUAAAUUCAAGCCAAAUGUCAUUAGAGAAAGCGAUCAAACGAUAGCGCUUUCAAAUCCAACCCAAUUGGAAGUAAUUGUCGGCAAAUUAUCAGCUGAGCCGAGUUGGUGGAGCUAUGAACCACACAUCGCUGUCACCGGACCAUCUGAAGUGCCCGACUGUGGCAUCUUUGCCCUCAUCGGCCACUUCUCAUCUCCGAGGGGUACAACGGAUGUGCAGUUUCAGUGGGAAGUAGUGGGAGAAGUGGGCAAUGAAUUGAAGGAACACAUCCAAGAGAAUGGAAAGUCAACUAAUCUCAUACUGGACUCAGAUUUCUUUGAAUACCACACGCCAUAUAAGUUUGUGUUUCGGGCUUUCAUUCCAGUCAGAGAUCAGACACUAGAAGUGGCCCACACUUUGAUUAAAUUGGAUUACGACUCACCCGUUGUCUCUAUAUAUCACACUCGACUCUUGCAGUCAACCCCAUUGUCUGCGGAUCAGGACAUCAUGUUAUUGGCUGAUAUAUCAGUUCCCGAAUGCGUUUUCCCGGUGCAGAGAAUAAUUCUAUUCUGGAAAGUAGUUGAUCCGCGAAUACUGUUCCCAUUGAAUAACUCAUUGUUGAGGCAUUCAAUCUCGUAUGAGAUUAAGCCCAACUCCGUGCCCACCGAUCGGGCCAUCGAUAUCUAUUUGAGCGCAUUCUUAGGCCAUCGACACAACGAGACGAGUGGCGCUCGCUUUACGUUUGUCUCGUCGAAGGCACCCCUCAAAGCCAGUAUAGCCAACGGUUCCACUAAAAUAACCAUUGGCUCCAAAAGUGGUGCCUUUCGGUUGUGGUCCACGAACUCGAAAUCAAAUCGAAGUCUAGUCUAUCAGUGGAGUUGUCACGAGAGCCGAACAGCGCAACCCUGUUAUCACUAUUUUGGAUCAAAUAAUGAACUCAGCAAAAAGAGUCCAUUACUUAUCGAUCGGACUCUUCAGACGCAACCCGUACUCGAGUUGGACUCGACUUUCUUUCAGCCAAACAAACAGUUUUGGUUUGGAUUACAAGUGUUUGACAAAAAUGAUAGGAAAAUAUUUUCCGAAACGGAAUACACUUUAGUUAAAGUGGUUGAAGGGUUGGCACCGCAGGUGUCUGUCGGACCACUUUAUAUUAAAGACGAGCAUUUAGUCCCAUAUAAUGCUCGGCUGUCCAGUCAUUUAGUUCCCGCUCGCACUUCAGUCACUGUUACGGGUGUUAUAAAACCGGCCAAAUUUGCCCAUAAUAUCAAAUGGGAGACACCUAAUGCCCAAAUAUUGGCAUUUGGUUUAUAUAACGUUAAACUAAUCGCGUGUAAUGAGGACGACCUGUGCAGCGACGCCGACACAUCCCUAUUGGGUGUCCAAAGUGUGUCGAUGUGUGAGCUCUAUGUCGAGCACUUCACUGAAUAUCAAUUAAGUAUAGCGAAUAUCGAGAAGUGUAAUACUCCCCCAAACGCCGCUCCCCUCACAUAUCAGCUCCUGUUAGCGGAUGAAAGCCUUGCAAAUCCAUUGCCACUAUCAGUGCCACAGUUUUCCGGAGUAAUCAAAUUCAUGGGAAUUCCAAUUCCCACCUCUAAUCCGAUCACACGAUUCGCAGCACAAGUUUGUGAUAAGUUUGGAAAUUGUGAGAUAUAUUACUCCCAAUCGGUGACCAUUGAAAGGACGGCAAACACAACGUCAGCCAUAAGUGACUUAUUGAAAAUCGCCAAACGAUACCAAACGGCCGGUGACUCUAUCGGCGCCUUAUCUGCUUUGGGAACCGCUCUUAUAAAACAGGAUUUAAAUGCGAUUCCGAUGACUGAGAAAGUGAUCGACGAUUUGAUUGAAUACUCAAGACAUGCCUUAGAGCUCACAAAUCAAAUGCUUUCUGAGGGACAUCUCUCUGUCGUCUACACCACUCUCUCCAACGGACUCUUAAGGACUCGAAAUGUUUUGUCAAAACGAAAACUAUUGGCAUUAAUACAGAAAUAUACACAAAAAGCCAUUGCAUUGAAAGUAUUGCCCAAAAUAGAGACCAUUAAAAUUCUUUACGCAAAUCUUAUGAAAUCGUUUGUUAAAAGCGAUUCCCAAAGUCCAGCAAAUUUGACAAAUGAUUUAAAAUUGUUAGAAGACAUUCAAAAUACAAUUAGAGAAGUGAGAGCUGUGGCCGCAUCCCAGACACCACUUGGAUCUACUCUCCGGCUCACGAGUACUACAGAUAGACACGGCUUUGAAGGCGAUAUCGCAGUCACUGAUAUUAUCCACAGCUAUAAAGUGUAUGACAUGACUAUAACGGGACAAUUGGACGAAAACACAACCGUUGAGACGAAGAUUAAUUUUGGUGAAGAAGUCAAACAUAACUUCAGCUCAUUUUGGAAUUGCGGCCAAAGAAUGCUCUGUCAAAGUGUUGUCUUCUCAGUCACUAUAUAUCCAAAAGAGAGUCCGUUUCCACCGAAAGAAGUGUCGCACAAACUGUCGGCUGUAAUCGAUAUAUCAAUUCACGCGCCCAAUACGGGUCACGAACAGGUGGUCAGGGGUUUGUUCAAAGCGGCCGCUUUCCAGACCACUAUCACAGGCAACGCCAGUAUUGGCGGAAGUGAUUAUAUAACAAAAUGUCAUUACUUUGAUCGACAACACAGAGACUGGAGAGUAGAUGACGUGCACCCACUGGGCAUUGCCUAUAGACGGGUGGGCUGUUGGUCGGGACAUCUGUCCACGUUUAUAGUGUUGCGAACUGUGGCCGGCAUUAGUGCCGAUUACGUGAUCGGAGUGUUGGUCGCCUGUCUUAUGGGAGUUCUUGUGUUUGGAAUUAUGGUUGUCUUCUUCGUCCAGAAGAAAAGAGAGGACGCGAGUAGAGUAUCGCCCAAACCUAUGGACAGUCCACCGAAAAAGCCUUUUGAAAACCCCCGAUACAGACAUUCAAUGCAAAACGGCAUUGAAAUACAAACUGCUUCGCAAUCAGUACUCAUAACCGAU